AUGGCCUACGGAUCCUCGACCGUCACCAUGCGCACUUCCACCAUCUUCGCUCCGCUUUUCCUCGCGGCCACUGGCCUCGCCCAGGCCGUCGAGGAGGGCAUUGCUCCCGAUGCCUCUGCGCCCGAGGGCUGCAAGACGACUGUCACGACGCCCUUCCGGAUUGGCACACUCGAGAACCCCAGUCUCAGGAGGCGCGAAACUGCUCAAGAGGCAUCUGACGGCGACCUCCUCUGCACUCUCGAAGACGGUAUCCUCCACGACCAAUACGGCCGCACCGGCUCCAUCGUCGCCAACCAACAGUUCCAGUUCGAUGGCCCUCCCCAGGCAGGCGCAAUCUACACAGGCGGCUUCUCGGUCUGCGGCAACGACUCGCUCGCCAUAGGAGGCAGCACCCGCUGGUGGCGCUGCAUGAGCGGUGCUUUCGGCAACCUGUACGACUCGUGGAUUGGCGACCAGUGCCACGAGAUCCGUAUCCAGGCUCUCUUUGACGAGACUGCCUCGAGCAUGAGCAGCGACAUGAGCAUGUCGAUGAGCAGCACCACCUCGAGCGCCCUGUCCGGAUCUACUAGCAUCAUCUCCGCCAGCGAGACCAGCGGCCUCACCAGCGAGAGCAGGAGCAUGCACUCCAUGUCAACCGGCUCUGCUUUCUCCUCUGCCACACCCUUCUCCAACAGCGCGACUGCCACUGGCUCUGAGGGUGCCGAGGCCAGCGAGACUGGUGACGCCGCCGCCCCCCCUGCUGACGGUGCCGCUUCGUCCAUCUCCAUGGCUCCUUUCGCCAUGGUCGGCGCGUCCAUGGUCUUCCUCGGCGCUGCUCUCAUUCUCUGA